AUGAACCGUUUGUGCCCUGUUUUAUCGAGCUACCUGGAUAACCAUUGGUGGAAGUACAAGGAUCGUAUUGUGAGGGGGUGGACAGAUCGCUAUCAGUAUGUUGGUAUCCUGGACACUUCGUUUGUCGAAGGAACGCACGCGAAGUGCAAGGUUUGGCUUCGUGGUUGUCGCCGGGAUUUAUUAACAGUUUACAAGCGCAUGCUAUCUUGGUGGAAGCCGCAGCUUCAUCUGCACGUCUUCUUGCCCAGCGAAAUGCUGUCCGAGAUCCUUACCUGGUGCGAGGAAAUCGAUUUGCAGCCGUAG